AAUGAGGCGUUUAUAGAUGUCAUAGAAUCAGUUAACCUUUUGAUGAGUACUAAAGGUACAAUAUUGAGAGCAGAUGUUUCUGGUCAAAUUAUGAUGAGAGCUUAUCUCUCUGGCACGCCAGAAUGCAAAUUUGGUUUAAACGAUAAAAUAUUAUUGGAUAAAGAUUCUUCUCAAAGAAGCAGAACGAAUGCUGUUGAAAUUGAUGACUUUCAAUUUCAUCAAUGUGUUAAAUUGGGUAAAUUUGAUUCGGACCGUACUAUAACUUUUGUGCCACCAGAUGGCGAAUUUGAAUUAAUGAGAUACCGUACUACAGAAAACGUUAUUCUUCCUUUUCGUGUUCAUCCUGUUGUCAAUGAGAUUGGUAAAUCUCGUGUUGAAUAUAGAGUAACUGUGAAAGCAACAUUUUCAUCAAAACUAUAUGCAAAUGAGGUUGUGUUAAGAAUCCCUACUCCAUUAAACACUGCGAAUAUUAAUAUACGUGUUGUAUCUGGAAAGGCAAAAUAUGUUCCGGCGGAAAAUCAUAUUUUUUGGAGAAUCCCUCGUUUUCAGGGACAGCAAGAAAUAACAUUAUCAGGUGAGGCAGAACUUUCAGCCACAACAAUUAAAAAGGUAUGGUCAAGGCCUCCGAUAUCAAUGGAUUUUCAGGUUUUGAUGUUUACAUCUUCAGGUUUAUUAGUAAGAUUUUUAAAAGUUUUUGAAAAAAGUAAUUAUAAAAGUGUUAAAUGGGUAAGAUACAUGACAAAAGCAGGAAGUUAUCAAAUUAGGGAAUACUGA